AUGUCUAGUAAACAACUUCAGACUUCCACAGACCUAUACAUCAGACAGUUCAAGUGGCAUAAGAUUGUGAUUGUGAGAUCAGUCUUUGCAAUUUGGAUCUUGUACAGCAGGGUUUCCUGGCCUGACAGUACUGUCCUUCUGCCCCCAAGGCUCUGCCUUGCCCGCAAGUCCUCUGGCUCUCAUCCCCAGGACCUCUGGGACCUGACCCAUCUUCCGCACUGGCCUCUGACCCCAGGAGAUGAGGGGAACCUUUUGGCCUCUACCAGCCCCCAGACCUCCACCUACCACCUGAGGGGUCCUGCCCAGGCCAGUUAUGGCCUAGGAGGCUACCUGGAGGCCAUCCUUGUGGCCAGAGACCAUCGAGGCAAGCCCAAGACCUAUGGCAGGGAUCUGUUUUGGGCACAGCUGCUGGGUCCUGACUUGAAGGCAGGGGUCUCUGGGGAUGUCCAGGAUCUGGAGAAUGGCACAUAUCUGCUGUCCUUUCACCUGCUUUGGGCUGGGCAGGCCCAGGUGCAAGUGCAGCUGAUCCACUCCAGUGAGGCUGUUGGGGUUCUGCGAAGAAUCUGGAGAGACCAAUGGGCCACAGAAUUUAUGGGCUAUUUUCGGGGACCUGCAGGAUAUAAAGAAAUUGUUACUUGCAAUAUUAAUCCCCUGUUAACUGGGGAGGAAGAAUCUACCUGUCACUAUAGGGAUGAAGAUCUGGGGGAGCUCUGGUUUUGCAUUCGACCCCCUACCCUGCCCUGUGACUCACUGGAGGGACAUUCAAGUGAACAUUACUGGAAUGUGACCACACCACAUGAGGAGGCCCUGCUGGUGUGGAAUGUGGAAGACAAGGUCCUCCCUCAGGGUAUUUCUUCAAUCUGGGUGGCUGAGCACAGCAACAAGAGUCUGGUGUUGUCCCCCCAACAACCAUGCCAUCCUGGGAUCCCAGGCCCAAAGCCCUCUGGCUUCUACCACAGAGACGUGUGGCACUUGCUGUCCUGCUCCAGCUGCUCCUUCUCUACUGUGGACAGCAUCCUGAGCUGCCUGGCUGGCCACAUCAUCCACAUGACGGAGGACUCCAUACUUCGGCAGUGGUGGGAGUAUCUGCGGGACACUGUGCCCUCCCUGAAGCCGGUGGAUCUACAUGUCCCAUAUCAGACAGGGCCUCUGAUGGCCGUGGAGACAAAUCAGGGCAUAGCGCUGAACUGGCGGGCCCACAGCUGGCCCCUGCUCUCUCUCCGCACACCAGUGGCCUCCCUGCACUCUGUGGUCCAGGAGCUGAGGGGCCUGGCCGGGGGCCCCCAAACCGUGAUGGUGCUGAGGCUCGGCGCCCACUUCACCACCUUCCCUCCAUCCAUCUCUGUGCGAAGACUGGCAGGGAUCCGGGCAGCUGUGGCUGCGCUGCUGGCCUGGGAGCCCCGCACUCUUGUGGUCAUCAAGCUGGCCAACACCGGCUACAAGUCUGUGUAUGGCAGUGACUGGUUCACCCUCCAAAUGAACCGGCUCCUCCAAGCUGCCUUUGCUGACCUCCGCGUGGAUGCCUGGGAAAUGACCUCCAGCCUGGCGCUGCCUGACAACAUCCACCUUAGGCAGCUCACCAUCCAAAACAAGGCAGAUUUCCUCCUUUCCUUUAUCUGCCCCACCUGAGUGCUUCUGCCAGUCCUGAGGCUGUGUGGAUAGAGGGCCUGAGGACUGUUGUGAAGAGGAUCACAGUCAUAAUAGGAGUUCUGAGAUAUGGGCAGGUGCCAUAAAUUUUUCUCGCCUAGAAGACUGCAAUAGCUUCCUAACUACAGCCGAUUCUAUUCUUGCUCCACUCCAACCUCUUCUCCACUCAGAAUAAGUGUGAUUAUUUUAAAACAAAAAUGAGACCAGGUCAUUAGCUUGCUCAAGAGCCAAAGGCUUCUCAAGUAAAAAUCCAAGCCCCUUACCAUGGUCUGAGGUCCUGUAUAAUGGUCCUGCCUAACUCUACAGCCUCAUUUAUUGCCACUCUUCCAACCCCAUGGACUCUUGCUGCUCAAGCAGGUCAAGCUGUCUGGUCUCGGGGCCUUCAUGUAUGCUGUUCCUGUGCCUAGAAUGCCCCUCUCCCUGAUCCUCAUAUGGAUGGCUUUCUUCUUAGCUCUCUGAUCAAACAUCUUCUCCUCAGAAGCUUUCUCUGACCACUCUCACACCCCAGCAUUCUAUCCCCUUCUCGGGCUGCUUUUUUCUCAAAUCACUAACCACAACUUGUGAUUAUUUGGUUUCCUAUUAUUGUUGUUGU